AUGAAGAGAGAAGCGCUCUUAAAGGAUCUACAUAUCACUAAUAAGUAUCAGAUAGAUCCAGACAUACAACAAUUCCGAUCUGCUACAAUAUCCGGACUUUAUGUCAAUCCCUUUGAAGAAUAUCGACCUCAAACGAUGUUUGAGUUUUUGGCAGUUCGGAUUUUAGAGUUCAUCGAGUCAAUUUAUGGUAGUCAGGUUGAAGUGCACAAGAAAGUUCAUAUCCCACCUAAUGAAACUCAUGAAAUAGAAGAAGUAUUGAAAAGCUUUCCUCCUAGUUUAGAAACCUAUCGAAAGAAUUCUCAGAUUUUACAACAAUGUUUAGCUUCAAGCAAAUACUUUACGUCAUCUAGUUAUAAAGACAUAAGGGAUACGAUGCUCUUCACAUGGUUGGGUCAAUCAUGUAGUCUUAUUCAGAUUGGGGGAGUUAAUUUUUUAACAGAUCCUAUAAUGGGGAAGCAUUUAAUUAGCAAACAUUUUGGACCUGCUAGAUUCUUACCUUCACCACUUUCACUUGAAAAUAUUCGACAUGCUACAAAUAAUCAUUUGAGCUUUGUUCUCGUAUCUCAUGAUCAUCCAGAUCACUUGGAAAUGGAUUUCGCUAAGCAAUUGGGUAAUGAACCUUUAUGGAUUGUGCCUAUGGGCCUUCGAACUAAAUUGGCCCGUAAGGGAAUUCAUAGAAUAGUGGAAAUGGAUUGGUGGGAUUCUUUAGAUAUCACCAAAUACGUUGGACUAGAAGAUUCUGGUGAUAAGUUUGAAAUUGUAUGUUUGCCUUCGAUGCAUUGGUCAGGAAGAUAUGUUUAUGAUUCCAAUACUUCGCUUUGGUGUUCAUUUAUGAUCCGUCGAAAUGGUCAAUCGAUAGUUUAUCAUGGAGGAGAUACGGGUUAUUGUAAAGAACUCUUUGAUGCUAUUGGAAAGAAAUUGAGUCCUGUGUUUUUAACCAUGUUACCAAUUGGUCAAUAUUGUCCCUCUUGGCAUCAAAAACCAAGACACAUUUCUCCAGAAGAAGCUUUAACCAUCCAUAAACAACUUGGAGGAAAAUUUAUGAUGGGCGUACACUGGGGUACAUUCAAACUAAGUAGUGAGCCAAUUAUGGAACCGAAAACUAAGCUUGAAGAACUUAGUGAACAGCAAGAGCAUAAUCUUGAUUGUAAGUCACAUAUUGCCCCACAUCAUGGAUUAACAUAUCAAUAUGAUCUCGUUAAGGGAACAAGACAAGAACUUGAAGGAGAUAUAUAA